GUCAACCGAGAUUCAUGAUAAGGAAACCACAAGAAUUCAAAUGUGAAUUCGUGCGCACGACUCUCACAAGCACUUGCUACUAAUAGGUGCAAAUGGACUGCUGAGAACAGAAUGAGUGUAUCUCGUUUCAUAAAAGGAUAUUAAAAAAUUUGGGCAAGUUUCUGAGGGAAGAGAAGGGUAUGCUACGAAGCGAUUGGCCACGAAGUGAAUCCUCCCAUCGCUGAACCCUGUAUCGUCUGGACAGAUAGCCGUCGUACUGCGGUAAUCAAGGACAGAAUGGCGUUCAAGCUGGAGGGAGUGGUGGGCCGUCUCCUGGCCCUCCUGCCGCGCGCCUCCUCUCCGCUGGGCCUCCUGCAGCUCUGCGCCCUGGUCCUGCUGCUCGCCGUGCUGUACCGCGUCGCCCGCCUCCUCUGGAGCCACGCCCUCAACGCCCAUCGCCUGCGGGGCUUCGCCCACCCCCCCAAACGCAGCUGGCUGCUGGGUCACCUGGGGCUGAUUCAGAGCACGGAGGAGGGCCUCCAGUCCGUGGACGAGCUGGUGAGGAGAUACCGCCACUCCUGCACCUGGUUCCUGGGGCCCUUCUACACCUUGGUGCGCCUCUUCCACCCCGACUACACCAAGCCCAUCCUCACUGCCUCAGCCGCCAUCACCAUCAAGGAUGAGCUGUUUUAUGGGUUUCUGCGUCCAUGGCUGGGCCCAGGCCUCCUGCUGAGUAACGGAGAGCACUGGUCCCGUCACAGACGCCUCCUCACCCCCGCCUUCCACUUCGACAUCCUGAAGGGCUACGUGGAAAUCUUCAACAAGUCCACCGACAUCAUGCACGAGAAGUGGCGCCACCUGGUGGCCGGAGGUCAGCCCUGCCUGGAUAUGUUUGAGCAGGUCAGCCUGAUGACCCUGGACAGCCUGCUCAAGUGCACCUUCAGCUACGACAGCAACUGCCAGGAGAGGCCCAGUGACUACAUAGCGGCGAUCUAUGAGCUGAGUGCCCUGGUGGUGAAGAGGGAGUAUCGCAUGCUGCACCACUGGGACUGGCUGUACUGGCGCUCCCCCGAGGGCCGGAGAUUCAGCCACGUCUGCGCCAUCGUGCACAAGUUCACCGCCGACAUCGUGGACCGGCGCCGCGCUCAGCUCCUCCACCAGGGGGAGCCAGAGACGCACGCCGCCGACACCAGGACCGGCAGGAGGAAAACCACCGACUUUAUCGACGUGCUGCUUCUGUCUAAGGAUGAGGACGGAAACGGUCUGACGGAUGAGGAGAUCAAAGCUGAGGCCGACACAUUCAUGUUUGAAGGCCAUGACACCACUGCCAGUGGGAUCUCCUGGGUGCUGUAUAACCUGGCGGCGCACCCUCAGCACCAGGACCGGUGUCGGUCGGAGGUCGACGCGCUGCUGGACGGCCGGGAGACAGAGGAGAUCGAAUGGGACGAUCUGACCAACUUGCCCUUCACAACCAUGUGCAUCAAAGAGAGCAUGAGGCUCCACCCCCCGGUCACCACGGUGACGCGGCGCUUCUCCCAGGACAUGACCGUGGCCGAGGGGCGUGUCAUACCGCAAGGAAACAUCUGCCUGGUGAGCAUCUAUGGGACCCAUCACAACCCAGAACUCUGGCCCAACCCAGAGGUUUACGACCCCUCACGCUUUGACCCGGAGAAUUCGACCAAUCGGCCGUCCCUUGCAUUCAUCCCCUUCUCUGCGGGGCCCAGGAACUGCAUCGGACAGAACUUCGCCAUGGCGGAGAUGCGGGUGGUGGUUGCCCUGACGAUCCGGCGGUUCCGCGUGACGCCGGGGAGCAGCGAGGUGCGGCGGCUGAACCAGCUGAUCCUGCGGGCCGAGGGGGGCCUGUGGCUGCAGCUGGAGCCCAUCGCCGCCCCCUAGUGGAGGCCUCCGGCAUGCGCUCACAGUGACCUGCUGGAGCACAGCCACGCUGCGCUCCGUUAUCACACACCUGCUGUUAUCACACACCUGCUGUUAUCAC